AUGCACCUCCUCACCCCCCUCACCCUCCUCCUCACCCUGUCUCUCUCAACAGCCCACCCCCUCCACAAACCCCUCCACAAAACCAAAACCAAAUCCGACACCGCCAUAACCGAAGCCCAAAUCCUAACUAUCGCCCCAACAUCCAACACAUGCGACAACCCGCCCGCCGUGGGCGAAUGCGCAACCGCAGAUACAGCCGCCAAGUACACAGCCCAAUCAUUCGAUACGUACAGCGUCACCAGCAAGGCCGAGCAAGCCGCCGUGAUCAGUCUGAUGGCAUUUGAAAGUUUGGAUUUCAAGUAUAACAAGAAUCAUUUCCCCGGUGUUGCCGGGCAGGGAACCCGAAACAUGCAAUCACCAACCUACAACAAAAAAUACGCCUCCUCCCUCCCCUCCCUAGCAGACAAACUCGCCUCCGUGUCCGACUCCCCCGCAGACCUACUAGACCUGCUCCGCGCAAACGAGGCCUUUGAUUUCGGGUCCGGCGCGUGGUUCCUCACCACGCAGUGUACGGCUGAUGUGCGGGCUGCGCUGCAGAAGGGCGAUCAGGCCGGGUGGGAGCGGUAUAUUAGUGAUUGUGUGGGGACGAGUGUUACGGAUGAGAGGAAGAGUUAUUGGGAGAGGGCUGUUCAGGCUCUUGGUGUUUAG